AUUUCCAGUCCCCGUGACCAACCUCCCCCAGUCGAAUAUCGAAAUUCUUGUGUCUAAACGGCAAUAGUCAUGCCGUCCGCGAAAACCGUCCGUCCGACUUCGGACUCUUCUGCUACUAGACCCACCAAGCGCGCUCGGGUGUCGUCUCACGGCCGUAAGGUCAAGACUGUCCAUGACGCGACGGAUCUGCCUGCCGCUCUGGCAGCCUCGGCCGCUGCGUGUAAAGUGCCCAAGUUCUUGCGCUCGCUGUAUGCGAUCCUGCAAACGGAGGACCCUCACAUCAUCUCAUGGGUGCAGAACAAGGAGCUCACUCCGAACAGCGUCACUGCGUUCCACAUCCUUGAGAUGGAGCGCUUCGAGCGCGAGAUCUUGCCCAAAUACUUCAAACACCAGAAGUUCGCCAGCUUCCAGCGACAACUCAACAACUUUGGCUUCCGCAAAUGGACCAAGACGCAGUCCAGUGGCGUCUGCACUUUCAGUCACAACUGCUUCCCACCUGAUCUCUCGGCCAACAACAACUCGAACAUGUCCAUCCGGGACCAAUGGCGCCAGAAAAGCACGCAAGUGAUCCCUCCGCCCGCUUCGAUGCUGAACGGGAUUCCGAUCAAGAGACGCAUCGUCGGCAAUGGCAUCGCCAAGGCCAAAGCAAAGCAAAGCGACAACAUUUUGCCGCGUCGUCGCCCGGUAAAUGUUCAGGUGUCUGUCAGUAUGGCCGACCCGUUCGCGGACAUGUACCGCAGUCCUAACGCCAAUGCAGGCAUGGAGAGCAACGCCUUCCGCCACAGUCUCAGUCACCAGCCUGCUCUUAAGAAACUGGCACGUCCGAGUAUUACGAUAAAGCAAGAAACAGCCGAGCCGCUCAACGGACUGGAAGCUUUUUGUGAUGACUCGUUCAAGCAGUUCAUCUUGCCGCCACUGCAGCCACACCAUUUGUUGUCUGCUACGCCGAGGACUGCGCCACCUGCGUCGUUGACGCCGUCGUUCUCGAACCACACGGACUCCAGUACGUCUGGUCUGGGUGGAUACCGGUUCUCAAUGGCCAACAACACUGCGUUCUCGUCCGACUCGAACUACAACAACGCACUUAAGCCAUUUGACUUGAAGCACAUUGAUACGCAGCCUCAUCCGUAUCCACCGGGUAACACCCACCCGAACACGGCCAAUACAUCGGCUGACGCAGCGCUACAAGGUGCGUUCUUGGAGCCGUGGAUCUGGGACGCACAGGCUUCGUCGUCAAACCUCGAAAUUGGCGCCUUUCCGCUCGAAUUCGACUGCAAGAACGAGUUCGACUGGCAGGAAAGCGCCAACAACAAUUAUCAAGGUGUGUCGUCCACUGUGAACUGUGGCAUGCCGACCAAAGAGCCGUGCCAUCAGGAGCGCGGGGUGCCGUCUAACACCGAAGAGUUCGGCUUGGACAACCUGCUCUUCGUCGAGUAAAAGACCAGAAAAAAAAGAUAUGGCGAAGCAGCCAACACGCCCUUCAAACGGGCGCGUACCAACACCGAGGCCUUCGCAAGAAGUGUUCAUACAUCGGCGUAGCGUGUAAUUGUAGUGCGUACGUGAGGAAUUCACGAAAGCAAAGAAGUGAAAAAUAUUUUUUUUUGAAAUAAAACUGCAUCAAUUGGAUCUCGCA